UCAAAUUUGAUUUUUGGAAAAAACGACAUUUGUCGUUAUUUAACAAAAAUGUGUUGAUGUGAUAUUAAUGUGUGUUAUAUUUUUAAUUUUAAAUAUUGUCAGUUGAUCCAAUAUAUCAUUAAGUGUACAUCUACAUCAGACUGAAGAAAUGCAGCGUAAUAUUUAUUAUUCAGACAAAUACCGCGACGAUCGAUACGAAUACAGACACGUCGUUUUACCUCGGGAAAUGGUUAAAUAUGUUCCUAAAAGUCAUCUGAUGUCCGAAGAAGAAUGGAGAGGAAUCGGGGUUCAACAAAGUAAAGGCUGGGUACAUUACAUGACCCAUUCACCAGAACCUCACAUAUUACUAUUUAAGAGGCCCAUCGUAACUCCAUAUUCCAAGAAUGGAUAAAUUUUUUUGGUAAUAACACCUGUAACCGGUAUAAUUAUAAUAUUAAAGUUUUAUUAAGAAAUGUGAAACAUUGUUGAGAUUUGAUGUUGCUUAUUUUAUUACCUAUAUACUUUUGUACUUCCAUGUUUGUCAGAAAGAGUUAUUACCUGGUACUGAACAUGGAAAAGGUUUAGGGAAUAUUUAUAAUACUUUUUCUUUAGUAAUAUUUAGCUGUUUUUUUAAGUGCCUUAUUUUUUACUUUAUAUCUCUAUUGUGAA